UUUGAACCAAAUGACAAAAGCAAUCCUUCUUAAUAUAAAUAGAAUGUGUUUAACGGUAAACCCUAACUAGAAAAAGGGCUACUAAACAAAACAGUUUUAAAUCUUUCAAAACAACCAAAUUACAAAAAUAGUUUGAUGAAAACGCAGAUUUGUGCAAAAAACAACAACAAAAGAAAUAGCUAACUGUUAACGAGGCGAACAGCAACAACAAACAAACCGAUAACUGUGUUGAAAAGAGAAGAAAAAGCAAAAAAUAACAAAUUGUUUAGGCAGAAAAUCACGUUUCAAUUAUUUUUAACACCAAAAACUGUACAAAUGUUGAAUUAAUUUAAACGGUUCGUUUAACUUAUUUAAUUGCUUAGUGAAAAAACCUUAGAAAAAAUUAAUUUUUGUAAUAGUUGGAGAUUGUGCUGCAAGAAAUUAACCCUCACUACUAACUGUCAUUGAAGAGUGUCAAAUUUCAAACACUAAACCGUUAUCAACUGCGCGCGAACACGUUUUAUGCUACAGCGUGAGUAGCUGUGCUCUCCUAUACCCCCCAACAAGAUGAACGCUCGCUCGCAGGUUUUCGACCUCACCAUCGAGGGCCGUCAAGUGGACGAAGCUGUUGCCAGCAUCUUUCAUACGGUGCUUUUCCAUCGCUGCCAAGGCAAAUACAUGUAUACGGGCGAUGCUCAAUAUUCCAUCGGAACUAUUGGCUACACCGACGUGGAUUGUGAUUUCAUUGAUUUCACAUACGUUUGUUGCACUUCCCAGGGGCUGCUGCGCACCGUUAAACGAGCCAUCAACGUUUUCAGCGAGAAGUUACGCUCCAAUGAAAGUUGCGGUUCCGGCCAAAUAAGCUUGGAAUUCUUUCAAAAACGCAAAUCGCGUUGGCUAUUUCAGCAAGAGUGCAUACCUUGGGAGGUGUGGACAGUUCAUUUAGAUCUCAUAAAGUAUGAAAAUGCAGAUGAUCGUCAAAUCAGCAGAGAGAACGUCUCUGAUCUUCUAACCGAAAAAGUUAUCUAUAUUACUGAGCUUAUGAAUCGUUCUGAUUAUGUGCCGAAAACGCCAAGUCAAAGUGAAUUAGACUUGAUUUUUGACACUUCAUAUCCCGAUGUUCAGCCGUAUCUCUUUAAGUUUGAUUACACGACUGCUGGCUCACAAACGCCCUCGGUGACCAAUACCGUUAAGAAGAUAAUUAAGGAGACGUUCACGUUGUGACGUGUAAUGCUUGCGAGUGAGCGUAGCCACCGCCAACAAAUGCAAAAACAACAAUCAAAACAUCAACAACAACAACAACAGCAUGAAGAGAAACCACAACAGCAAGUAAGCGCAGAAUUACAACCUGUCUAUGCUAAGGAUACGAUUGUUGUGGCCGGUGGAAAGUACUUCAAUAAGGGUACAAGUAUUAUGAUUUCUCAAGUCAGCCGAGCACACCGUAGCAAAGCGUUGAGUGAACAUGUUAACAUCGAGCUGAACGCGCUCCAAACCACCGCCUGUAUAGGUGCCAAGCCUAGCGAGCGCAAAUCAAUUUUGGCUGUUGUGGGUGGCAUAAUUUUGCUGUUCUUAUGUCAGCACAAUCGCCUCGGCUCAUUUUAGUUACACUCAAACAACAAUUUAUCGCGCUGAACGCUGAAAUACAAUAUAAAUUUAAAUAGAUAGUUGCUAAACUCAACUUAAUUGUUAAUUGUUUACGGCUAAAUUGACUUGUGUUCCACCCUACGCAAACUGAAACACCUACCAAACCAUUGCAAUAGAGCGCUUGAUUCGUGAGCGCGUGCAAGCGCAAAAAUGCUGAGUAAAAAUAAUGAUUAACGCGCACCACUCGUUUCAACAUUCGCGUUCACCUGUCAUUGUUUGUCUUCAUUGUUUUAACUGAAUUUGAAAUUUAUCAUAACUGAAGUGUGCCGUAAAAAGUGAGAAUAGCAGCAAAAAAAACUAUAAAACAUAAAAGUUUUGAUGUUUAACUGCGAAUCGGUCUCAAGCUCCUACGUUAUUCACGCUCAAACGCUCUCUUGCUGUGGUUGCUUGUCAGUUUGUGUAGUAUUGCCAAGACGCUGUAUAAAACCCCACAAAAUCAAUAAUGAUAAAUAAUAUUGCAACAAAUUGCAGCUGCAAUGCUCUUACUAAAUAUGGAAAAUAAUAUUAUUCUCAGUUUCAAGUUUAUCAAUGUAAUUACACGUAAAUAUAAAGUCGAUAAUGCAUAAAGCGAAAAAUGCCACAAUUCAGUAAAGUGUUGUCAUAGCAUUGCCAAUAUUUAUUACAACCAAAUUUAAAUUGAAAUUUUUUGAAAUUUUGUAAUAUUAAAGAUUUAGAAAAUUUAAAAAUUUUGGAAAUUUAAAAAAAUUAAAAAUUUAAAAAAAUUAAAAAUUUAAAAAAAUUUUAAAAAUUAUAAAAUUUUGAAAAUUCCGUAAACCUAAAAUAUUUCGAACUGAAAUGUGUCAUUGCGUUCAACAUUUGUUUUAUACACACUAGUGUCUUGAAUUAAAUUUUAUUUAUUUAUUAUUAUUAUUAUUAUUUUUGCGUAUGCACUGGUCUGCAUAAUUAAUUUAAUUUUAUUUUUUUUAUACGUUAUCCAUUAUUAUGUUAUUAAAACUUUUUUAUCUUAAAUUUAAGUUGUGUUUUUUAAGUCAGCGUACCUUGCAUAGAAAAUAUAUUAACUAACCUACAUUAAAUUGGGUUACACGGAACUCAUUCUCAAUAAGUUUUGCUUACAUUUUAUUUGUUAUGAUUUUGUGAUCUUAAACUUGAUUUGAACUUGUUCAAGUAGAUACAUAUGCGAAGUUUUUAUUUAUAAGUUCUAUAUCUUAAGCCUUAUAAUCAACAGAUGUACAGCAGCCCAAGCGUAUAUUUGAUUUGAACUGCAUAUCCAAGCAGUUGCUCGUAUUCCUUAAGCACUUUUUAUAAUUUUCGUUUUGUAAGUUCAAUAUAUAUAUAUUUAUAUUUUCUACUACAUGUGCUUUGUAGUAGCAAUGCAAGGGCUAAUGAACUGCUAUAGUACUGUAUUUUAUAAUUUGUUAUGUAACAUCCUAAAAAUUACCACUGUAAGCACGAACAAUUGAAGAAAAAAAUGUAAAAAUGUUUAAAGUAAUAGCACAAUAAAUGCUAUAGAUUGAUUAUUCUGUUGUAGCGAAUGAAUUAUAUCAAUUGAACGAACUCACCAAACCCAACGUGUACUACCCAUGAUACUAAGUAGUUUACGUUUUUAUGAAAUGAAUUGUAAUAAACGCGGUGAAGAAGCAAGUGCGUGUAAUAUGCAUAAUAAAUGUAGAUGUGUUUUUAGUAUGUACCAUUGAUGUUCAUUGUUGUGUGUUGUGUAUGUGUUGCAUUGAUGUAUAGAGAAACGUAAAAAACAGAAAUCGAAAUGAGAAAGAAAAUAUAUUUAACUUAAAGCGGCAUAUGUAUGUAUCGAUAAUGUGCUUGCUACGCACUUACAGCAACAAAAAAUAUAUUAAAUGCAAAUAUUUUAACAUUUUACUAUAUUCACACACUAUACUUUCUUUUUUAAAAACGUAAUUGGAUAUUAAAAACGAAAUUCAAAAGCAAUGCAUUGAAAACUAGGAAACAAAUGAAAACUUGCAAAGGCUAUUUAGCGCAAAUGCUGUUAUUGUUAUUAUUGUAGCGGCAAAUGCAAGCUUAACUGAAAUGCAUAUUAUUUCAUAUGCCUUUAUUGGGUGAAAAAUGAAAAUUGUAUUAAAUUUUUUUUUUACUGAAAAUGUGUCGACAAAUGUAAAACUUAGAGUGAGUGGGUAUGCCUUAAGCGCACUCUUGAUUUUUAACUGAAAAAAUAUGUGCAUAUAUGUACAUAUGUAUAUGAAUAUAUGCGUUUAAACAUUUUUUAGAAAUCGAAUCGAUUCAACCCAUGCCCCAACGUCUAAAACUAUGUAGCAAUCUACGUGCUACUAUUAUGCUGUACAAAAUAGUUUUUAGUUUUUUUUUUAAGGAGAAAUUUUUCCACACAUUUGGUGUAAGCAUUAUAAGAAGUAAUGAAAACUUAAUAAAAAUUAUUAAUUAUAUUUAAAAUUUUAAUCAUUGGUAAACAUGUUAAUUUGAAAUUUAAUUUUUUUUUGUUAAUUUCAAAAUUAUUGUUUUUUUGUUAAUAUUAAUUUGUUUAAAGUUGCGAAAAAAUUCAUAAUUAAUUGAAUUUGAUAAGCAAAACACUUGAGACCAUUUGAAACAGUCGCCAAGUGCACACUGAAAAUACCGUUAAAUAUGAUUUGUGUAAAUUUUGCAUCAAUUGAAAUUUAUAUUGAAAUACCGUUAAAUAUGAUUUGUGUAAUUUUGCAUAUAUUGAAAUUUAUAUUGAAAAAACAAAACACCAACAACAAAAUAACCAGUUUAUUGCAUCACUUUUAAAAUACGGUCCUUAAGCACAAACCCACGCCCACAUUUACACCUACACCACACAUAUACUGUAAUAUAUUUUAUACUCACAAGUGUUUAACCAACUCUUAGGCAACACUUGAAUUUUACACGUGUAUAUAAUUAGCCACUUUUGGGGCCGAAAUUAUGUCAAACCCUCAACACAGUCCACCAACUCGAUCCAUAUACAUAUGUAUGAACAGCGUAUAAUAUACAAAACAAUAAUAUAUACAAAAAUAUACUAAAUUAUAUUUUGAAGCACCACAUUGUAAAAGCUCCGAACUUAAACAAAAGAGAAUUGUUAUAAAUAUUCUUAAACUAAAAUCUUAAAAAAAAAUUAAAAAAAUAAAAACAAAAAUUAAGUGCUGCAAUUCAGCCGUAAUAAAUAUGUAGAAAUAUUAAAAUUAUGAAUAAAACUAAUUUUAGCUUUGUAUUCUAACAAAGCAGCAAACGCUAAAAACACACACACAUACAUGCAUAUGCAUGCAAUAAGCACAUACACUGCUAAAUACAGACCUGUAAAUGAGCAAAAAUAAAUUCAGUGUAAUAGCAGCUAUUUACCGUUAGCAAAAAAAACAAAAACAAAAAAAAAAAAAUAAAUGAAAUUGCUUACCUUUGUUUCUUUGCGCUAUUAACAAGACAUAUUCAUGUCUUAUGUAUGUGUAUAUAGCUGUAUUGUGGUAAAAAAAAAAUUAACGCAAAGCUUUGUUGUAAGCAAGUGAUUCAUAUUUAGCGUGAAACUCCAAUUCUAUUGCAAUUAUUUAGUGCAACAACGAUUUUACCGUUAGGUUUUCAAUCUUGAUUAGUCGUAAAAACCGCAGAAAUUACAAAAAAAAAAUAUAUA